AUGGCGAAGCAGCAAGGAACACGCUUCGUGGGGAGGAAGAGUGGAGCAGCGAGGGGAACUGGUGAAGAAGGGCCUAUUCCCUUGUUUCAUGGACUGCAAAAUACUCGCCCAUUGCUUUGGAAAAGCAGUUAUGGAAGUGGGGCUUGGUCGUGGGCAAACUCUGACAGCUUUAUAUCCCCGCCACGAAGAUGCCCUGCAUAUAUGAAUGGAGAUCCAAGAUGGGAAGGUCGUCUGCUCCAUUCUGGAGAAGACAGGUCGCUCGGCAAAGAUAAUUUAGAGUGGCUGCGCGCCAGGCUUCGUCGUCCUCCGGAAGCGCUGCGCGGCGGACUUUAAUUUUGGCGGCGUCCAGAGGUCAUUAAGAACAAUUAGAAGAUAUUCCUAACAUACGCUUCUGUGAAAUAAUGCAAAGUCAUUUGCAGUCUUCUGUAGAUUAUACUUCUAAAAAGUAGAGAAAUGGGUGAAUAUAUUACCUAAAACAGCUCAGUAAAAUAAUAUUCACA